AGGGCAGAAGGCUGGAACGCCGUCUGUCCCUAUGGUGGCGGGAGGCGGUGCUAACCUUUAACCUACCGGAAGUGAUUACAAGGCAGCUGGCCCGGAACUGGGGGGCCCUGUGAGGAGGCAGCGGAGGCAGCGAAGCCGACACAAACCAUCUUGUUUUGAAAGCUGCUGUCGCAAUUCAGUAAACAUUCAAUAAGGAGAGAAUGGAUGGAGAGGAGAAAACAUAUGGUGGGUGUGAGGGCCCUGAUGCUAUGUAUGUGAAGUUGAUAUCUUCUGAUGGUCAUGAGUUUAUUGUAAAAAGAGAGCAUGCGUUAACAUCAGGAACAAUAAAAGCUAUGUUGAGUGGUCCAGGUCAGUUUGCUGAAAAUGAGACAAAUGAGGUGAAUUUUAGAGAGAUUCCAUCCCAUGUUCUAUCCAAAGUAUGCAUGUAUUUCACCUACAAGGUUCGCUACACUAAUAGCUCCACGGAGAUUCCUGAAUUUCCAAUUGCACCUGAAAUUGCACUGGAAUUGCUGAUGGCUGCAAACUUCUUAGAUUGUUAAAUAAAAUAAAUUAUAAUAAAAAUGUAAAACUUUUUUCAGUAUUUAAUACCUGUAGUUCAGUUAGUAACUUUUUUCAUAUAGCAUGCUGCGUGUGUGCGGUUGAGAACUGUAAAGUUCACUGCAGAGGCAAUUAUUGUCCGAUCUGUUGCAUAGCAAUCAUUCAAGUUUAAAUUUGUUUUGCUGCUUACACAAAUAAGGACCUUUCCACAAACAGACAAAUAAAAAAUAUGCUAAUUAGUAGAUGGCUAUGCCUUAUCCUUUAGGUGUGGCAGAACUUUAUUUUUUAAUGUAAUGAUCAUUUAAAAUACUGGAGUUUAGGCCAGUGUUACUUAAAAGCUAAUAUUAGCUACACGUGAAGAUGUUUAGUGUUUCUAACUUUCUUAUUGUUGCAAUUUCUUAAACCUUUGAACUUGAUCAUCUUACAAGGUAAUUGUCCUCUUAGCAUAGUUAUAUCAGUACUUGCAUUAUAACCCCCCUUUUAAAAGGUUUGUAAAUUGGCUUAAACAUUCACUUUGGGCUGAAAACAGUAUCUAGAAUAAUUUGUAUGCUUUUUUAUUAAUGUAAUUUAACUAUGUUUUUAGAAAUGGAAAAGCAUACCCAACUUAUUUUUCAGGCUUGUACCUUUAAUUCACUCCUUUCAUUCAUUUAAAAUAUUCAGAUCACUUGUCUAAUAAAAAUGCAUCCCUUCUGCUAAUAGCUUAUAGAAAGAAUUAAAUAGCCAUGUUAGUAACUAAUGCUAAAUAGCACUUUUGUAUGUGUACUCUUUUCUGUUAUAUAUAAAAAUGUAAGUUGGUUCACAAUGUAUGUCACUUGACCUAAUAUAGAAGAUUUAUAAUAGGCUAUGAUGACUCUUUUCCACUGUUUGUGAUCAGUUAUGUAAACUCGGUACUUACUCUUACAUCAAAGCCUUUUAAACUUACUAAAUAUUACUAGCAAAGAGGUAGUUCUUUUCAUCUCACCUGUCUCCGCGUAACUUACACAAGAACAGCUGAAUAGUGUAAGCCUUUUUUAUUGACAUAAAGGGGUAUUAAACAGAUAUUUCA